UUCUUUUAAAUUCUAAACUUUCCAAUAUCUAUAUUUCCAAAAGGUCUCUACUUGAUCAUGACCGUACUGCCCUCUCAACACCAAAAUACUUCCACAACCACCAUUUCAGAGAUGUCAUACCACCACAAACAGUCCGUCACCGCCACCACACGUUCACCUUAUUCGUUCUUCUCGCCAAAGCUAUCCGUCUACCUUUGCUCCAUUUGUGUCACCCUUUUCAUCCUUUUCCACAUCAAAAUCCUCCAAACACCAUUACCAUCAUCUCCUAAUUCCCUUUCUUUCCUUCAAAAUUGGCAAGAAAAACUCACAACCAACGAUGAUUCGAAUUUGUGCACAGAUGAUCUCAAUUCGAUGGGUGACAAGCUUAGAGAAUCGGUCACUUUCCUUCCGUUAAAAGACCUUAGGUUCUCCAAUGCAGCCCUUGUUGGUCACACAUGGUUCAUGAGUUCCUUAUAUGACACACAUGAAGAAGGUGAAGUUCAAUACCAACAAUUCCCUUCAAAGUCAUCUGAUGGGAGGAUUUUAUGCAUUAAAGGUCAUGAUAAUCAUGAUGGUUCAUGGAAUUACUAUGCACUUGCAUACCCGGGAUUCCUGCCCAAAAAUGCCACGUUUGUACCAGGGCGAACAUUCGUGGCAUAUAACCAUUAUGAUUUUGGCAAUAUCUGGCACGGAUUGUCCGCCCUAGUCCCGUUUGUUGCGUGGCAUUUAAAGAGCGAGUGUGCACUGCCUGCUCGCUGGAUUUUAUACCAUUGGGGAGAGGUACGAACCGGGAUGAGCCCGUGGUUAAACACACUUAUGGAGGCGACGUUUGGGGGGCCAAUGAACAUUGAGAAAUAUGAUGGCAUUGGGGACGACCAGUCACCAAUGUGUUACGAGGAAGCAGUGGUAAUGAGGCAUAAUGAAGGAGGGAUGUCAAGGGAGAAAAGAAUGGGAGUUUAUGACUUAAUUCGAUGCAAGGUAAGGACAUUGUGUGGCGUUGAGUUGGACAGGACCGAUGGCGAGAUUGGGAUGACGUUAUUCAUGAGGACGGGGCCAAGAUCGUUUAGGAAUGAGACCGCUGUGGUGGAGAUCUUUCAGAAGGAGUGUAACAAGGUGGAUAACUGCCGGUUAACCGUAGCGUACUCAAGUAAUCUUACCAUAUGCGAACAGGUGAAGUUGAUGGGUUCAACGGACAUAUUGGUUUCACCGCAUGGUGCACAACUGACCAACCUAUUCUUAAUGGAUAGAAAUAGUAGUGUGUUAGAGUUCUUCCCCAAAGGUUGGCUAAAGUUAGCCGGAGUAGGCCAGCUGGUCUACCAAUGGAUGGCGAGUUGGUCUGGGAUGAAGCACCAAGGUGCAUGGCGUGAUCCCGAUGGUGAACAUUGUCCUUACCCUGAAACUGACCGUCGUUGUAUGUCCAUCUAUAAGAGUGGAAGAAUUGGAUACAAUGCAACUUAUUUUUCCGAAUGGGCUUCAAGGGUUCUUGACGAAGUUAAAAAGAAGAAAUCUGAAGAAGCUGCUAAAGGGAACAUUAUUCCUACAAAGUGUGCAUGUAGCUGAUAAUUUGUACAUUGCUCGGUAUAAAAUGGGAGGUAUUUUGGUUGAUAUAUGGGCAAUUUAUACUGAA